ACGCUUGCCGCAAUCACUUCCACCCCCAGUGCCUCAAGCGGCUCUUGCCUGGAUACCUGCACCCCCUGAAUGGCCCCUCGCCCGUCACAACUUCCCUCCCUACACGGUCGACCUUGACACCGACGACGAUGCGCUGCCCACCUGCGAGGAGUCGCCGCUCAUCUACAAGAAAGGCGACGUGGUGCUCAUGCUGCCGAUCGCGGUGGCCGAGGAUGUACCGGAGGAGCCUCGGCGACCGCCGAAGCAGCGUGUCGAUCAACGUUGACCUCUACUUUUCGACUGCCGCUAGCAUGGUGGGCCUGAAGACGGCCGAAGGGGUAAGGCAUUGUGUGGCGCCUGUGAGCGAUGCCGCCGCCGAUCCGUCGAGCGUCGUUGGCGUGUUCGCCCGGGCGGCCGACAUGAGCCAACGGUCUGAUGUGCUGUGGAAGGUGAGAAAAGCGGGGGAGAUGGACAGACAGACAGACAGACGGACAGACGGACGGACGGACGGACGAACAGAGUGACGGAUGGAUGGGUCUCUGGGUGGUGUGUGGUGCAGGUAUAAGGACACCGCUGCCUACAUUUUAUAUCUCAUGGGGACUGUACUCAUUGCACCGCACACCCCAAGGAGACGUAGGCGAACCAAUGAGCAGCACGGGCAAGGAAAACGUGUAGGACAGACAUGUGCAAACAGAGUGAGACGAGAAAGGCGACGCAGACAACGAGCAGCAGCCAAGAUGAGACGCAGAGACAGCGUACCUGCACGCCAUGGACGACGAGCAUCGGCCCUGCCCACCUGCGACAAAUAAGUCAAUCGCCUGACCGAAUGGUGGAGGUACACUGUAGACAUCGGCCUAAGGCAUUCCGGCACGAGCAUGUAUUCAUAUUCAUAUGGUGCUUAAGUGAGCUGAUUGAUAUCACGUUGAAGCAACAUACGCAAUGACAGUUUUUUUUUCACGCACAGGGUCCAGAUCGUAUACGUGGGAUUGGAAGUGAGCUGACCUUUACAUGCAGCAGCUCCAAGCCGACGGUACAGCCAAUGACGGAGACACAAAUGGAUUCAUGGCAGCUGGCGCAUUCACUGACUCGCGUGGCCAGACAGUGCCAGAUAAGAGACGGUGGAAC